AUGGCAGAAGGUACCGGCAUUUUCUCCUGGUCACCUGCAGGGGUUGAGUAUCUGACAUGGACAGAUUCUCUCUCGAACCGCCCAUCCGACCAUGCCUCGUCUCUGAACAAUCAGAUUCACCCCCUCCGAGACAAAGAAGCCACUGAGGAAGCAGAAGCAGACCCGGAAGCAGAAGCAGACCCGGAAGCAGAAGCAGACCCGGAAGCAGAAGCAGAAGCAGAAAUGCAGUCACAGACGACCCCCGCAACCGCGCCUUCGUACCCAGGCGCUCUCAAACAAGCCAUCCUGGUCAUUGCCUUGACACUCGCCAUGUUCAUUGUUGCCCUCGAUGUGAGCAUCAUCGCCACCGCCAUUCCUACCAUCACCAAGGAUUUUCACAGUGUCGACCAGGUCGGAUGGUAUGGCUCCGCCUUCCUCAUGUGCCUGGCCAUGUUUCAAGGUGUCUGGAGUAAGGCAUACAAAUACUUUCCUUUAAAGAUUGUCUUCCUUUCCUGCAUCUUUACUUUCGAGAUUGGGAGUCUCUUGGUCGCUCUCGCUCCCAAGAGUGUCGCCAUCGUCGCUGGUCGGGCCGUCCAGGGUCUCGGUGGCGCAGGUCUCACCUCAGGAUGCUAUAUCAUCACCGCAUUCAUCGUGCAGCCCUCCCACUCAUCCAUGGUGAUGGGACUGUUUGGCGCCAUUUGGGCUUGUGUGUCUGUCUUGGGCCCGGUGCUGGGUGGAGUCUUCACCCAAGAUCUUACCUGGAGAUGGUGCUUCUGGAUCAACUUGCCUAUUGGCGGCGUCGCCUUUCUCGUCAUCCUUUUUCUCUUCAGUACACCGCCCCAAUCUCGAUCUGGGAAUGCUCCACCAUGGAGACAGUAUCAUCGCGAGUUUGAUGCUUUGGGAGUACUGUUGGGGCUCGGGUUCUGGAUUUGCUUGCUGCUCGUGCUGCAGGAGGGUGGUGUAAAGCGCGCCUGGAGCUCAAGCUUCUCCAUUGGUCUGCUCGUUGGUUUCUGGCUGCUUGUCAUCGCCUUCAUUGUCGCCGAGUGGAUACAGGGUGACACUGCCUUGGUUCCAAAGCGACUCUUGAAGAACCGUACCAUUGCAGCAUGUACCCUGUACAGCCUCGUCUCCAACGCCGGUGGGGUCUCCCGAACAUACACCCUUCCCAUUUACUUUCAAGCGGUCCAAGGGGUCUCGCCAUCGAACAGCGGCGUCCGCACCAUUCCCAGUGUGCUGUCAUUUUCCUUGGCAGCUUUCUGCGGUUCCAUCAUGCUGGGAAAGGUUGGAUACUAUCAGCCUUUCCUUUGGCUAGGUGGCACUUUAAUCACGAUUGGAUCUGGUCUAUACUAUACUUUGCAUCCAAGUUCGUCGGCCGGACAUUGGAUUGGAUACCAAAUCAUUGCAGGUGUUGGGCAGGGCAUGGUCAUUCAGCUUCCACCCAUGGUUGCUCAGAGGGUCUCAACCCGACAAGAUUUAUCUGUCACUGUAGGCAUGGUCAUGUUUGCCCAAUUUGUUGGCGGAGGUUUCGGUGUGUCGACUGGUCAGGCCAUCCUCAACAAUCGCCUCAUCGACACGCUCCCCGUUGGUAACAGUAACUCUGUGGUCACUCCGGCGCACGUGCUGGCUGCAGGGGCCACUGGACUACGACAAGCCUUCCCAAACCCUCAAGACCUUGCGGCCGUUGUUGCCUCAUACAUGAUCGGUCUUAGAGACGCAUGGAUUUUCACUACUGCCGUGAGUGGCGUUGCAUUUAUCAGUGCCUUUGCGGGAGAGUGGAGGUCCAUCAAUGAGCCUAAGUCCGACCCGAACUCAGAUCCAAGGCCAAGGUCUCGGAGCAAAUUGCCAUCUGGAUCUGCGACUGAGGAGGUCAAGCAUGAUGUGAUUGAUCAGUCUUAA